CUUUCUGGACCCUGUCUUCAUCCCCAAAGUGUCCCCCCAGCACUCAGGGCAGUGCCUGACCCACCACAUCGCUCAGGUUUCAUCUCCGCUCCUGCCUGAUCAGGAGCAGCAUUCACGCAUGCGCAGAGGGAGCUGGGCCGGCAAGCCUCCAAAUGAACUCAUCCUGUACCUGAGUUCUUGGUGGACGCGUGCAUGA